AUGGAACUUGGAGCUUCUAUGUUGGAUAUAGUCCAUUUUAUGGAUCCUGGUGUAAUUCUUUUAGUUGCAGGCGAUGGUGAUUAUUAUCCUAUAUUAACACGGGCCCUGAAAUAUAAUUGGAAGAUUGAGGUCUGGUUUUGCUCAUCAGGGAUAUGCGAUGACCUCAUGAAAGAUUCCUUUCUUCCCCUGGAUAGUCUUUACCGACAUUUCACAUAUGCAUAUGGACAGGACCCU